AAUAAUCUGAGCCUCACUCAGCACUCAGCACACAAAAUCAAACCAACCCACACCUCGCCUCGCUGCAGGCCCCACCCGUCAGCCUCACGCGACCCGUACAGUCAUAGAGACAGGGACAAGCAGCUAGACAGAGAGAGAGGCGAGCACUGGAGAAGAAGAUGGGGGAGGAGAAGGCGGCGGCGGCGGCGCGCGCGGCGGAGCAGGCGCGGGAGCUGCAGGACGCGGCGGCGGCGCUGCUCUCGCGGACGUGGGCGGAGGAGGAGGCGCUGCGCCGCCGCGCCGCCGUGCUCCGGGAGGACCUCGCCCGGCUGCGCAGGGCCGCCGCCCGCGCCGACAGCGACAAGGUUGAGGAGGACCUGGAUCGAGCGGCGUGCCUCAUAAGUGAUGGCGACAUUGCCACGAUUCUCCCCAGCAAGGCGCAUGGCGCUUUCCUGAAGUUGCUCUUGGGACCAGUGAAUCUCCGGGCAAGGAAGGAGGUGCAGCUCAAGGUGAAGGAGGAAUACAAUAGCUACAGGGAUAGGACUGCUGUAGUCUUCCUUGGUUUUCCGAUGAUUCUGUUGUUUCUUAGGUCAUGGUUAUGGAAUGGAUGCUUUCCAGCAUUGCCAGUUCAGCUAUACCAGGCUUGGCUGUUAUUCCUGUAUACAACUUUAGCUUUGCGGGAGAACAUAUUGCGAGUUAAUGGAAGUGAUAUCCGUCCUUGGUGGGUAUGCCAUCACUACUGUGCUAUGUUGAUGGCUCUUGUAAGUCUCACAUGGGAAAUUAAGGGACAGCCUGACUGUGCACGUAAACAGAGGGGUGUCGAGCUGUUUCUGUGCUGGGCUGUAAUGCAAGGUUUUGCCAUGAUGUUGCAGAACAGAUAUCAGCGUCAAAGACUGUAUACUCGGAUUGCUUUGGGGAAGGCUAAGAGAAUGGAUGUUGUGUGGGGAGAGACUGCUGGUGUUGAGGGUCAACUCUUGCUGCUGUGUCCUGUCCUCUUUCUCUUGCAGGUCUUUGAGGGUUAUGUUGGAUUUUUACUUCUUCGGACAGCUCAUAGAGGCCUCAUCCCUGAGUGGCAGGUUGUGGUAUGUGGGAUCCUGCUCAUUGCAAUGGCUAUUGGCAACUUUGCAAACACAGUGGACACAUUGAUGGUUAAGUCCAGAUUCAAAGCAAAGAUGAAAAAGUCCAAGAGCAAACGGGAUCUUGCUGCGUGCACAUCACCGACUGGCUCACCGCUGACAAAUUCAGCAGCUGGAGCUUGAGAAGGAGGUGUUCACAUCCUAUGAACAUUGCCUGUAUUGAAUCAGGGCUUAUUACAAUUGUAAAUCAUUAGUUUUCCGGCCAACAGAUCCUAGUGCUGCUGACUGUGUCAAACCUCAUACCUCAUCAAACGACUAGGUUGCUGACGGCCUCAGGUUAAGGGUAACUAAGAAUAAACUGUUCAUGUCCGUUUCUUUUUUGUUCUGAACAUCGAGUGGGCUAGAUGAACUUAGGACUGUAAAAGGUAGCGAAAUUUUCUGGGUAUAGUUAUUUAUGAGACUAGAUUGCCGGAAUCAAACAUGUGAAGUUGUAUACAAGCUGUGACCCUGCCAA